AGUCAGCCAGGAGGCACCAAACUGUUAGCGACAAAAACGCAGCUCUCGGUGACUCCCACUACCCUCCUACCCGCACUCCAGGCAUAUUUUGGAGGCGGCAGGAGCGGUGGCAGGAUGUGAGGCGAGCCUGGAGCUCAUUUCCAGGCGCCCCUCCCUCUUCGGAACUAAGGGAGACUUACAGGCUUUUGCUCACUGACUGUAGGGUUCCCGGGAAAGACUGGGGAAGUGAACAGGAGGGAGGGAGGUGGACAGGCAGAGUCUGCACCUGCCUCCUGCGCCUCCCUUAGGGCGACAGGGCAGCUGGUGUUUCGCUCCUUCUGGAGUGUGCCUACCUCGCAAGUGGCUCGAGGGCCACAGGCUGAGGCGCCCGCGUCCCGGCGUGCACCGCUUGGCCGAGGCAAGGUGUUGCUGGAGCAAGGCUGCUCCGAAGCGAAGUCGCGCAAAAGGAAGAGUCUGGGAGGCAGGCGACUUAGGAGAGUCUAGUCACUAAGAGACAGAGAGAGGCGACAUCUGCCAUUCUAAUUGCGGAGCUGAGUGAUUUAGAAACCCUCCUUAACUCUCCCUUUCCAGCUUUCCCCAAAGUCCACAGAAGCUCUGCUGAACUCUAGAAAUCUUCCCUGGCCGGGGGGAAGUUUCCUAGCAUCCUCUUUGGCUAAGACAGGUAGUGGAGAAAACAGUCGGGGCUGUACUGGACGCUGUUUGGGGGAGACGCGAUCUUCCUCUCGCCCCCUCCAGCCACUCCGACUGCCCGGGAAGUCCCAGCCCGCGCUCUCCGGAACCUGGCUCGCCAUCUCGCCCUGGACAUGGAACUACGCAUCUGAGACCUGCUGGACGUUUUGCUGGCUGUUUUGCAAGACUCAGCUGUCAAGAAAAGUGAAGGAUGAAGCCACCAUUUCUUUUGGCCCUUGUGGUCUGUUCUGUAGUCAGCACAAAUCUGAAGAUGGUGUCAAAGAGAAAUUCUGUGGAUGGCUGCAUUGAUUGGUCAGUGGAUCUCAAGACAUACAUGGCUUUGGCAGGUGAACCAGUCCGAGUGAAAUGUGCCCUUUUCUACAGUUAUAUUCGUACCAACUAUAGCACGGCUCAGAGCACUGGGCUCAGGCUUAUGUGGUACAAAAACAAAGGUGAUUUGGAAGAGCCCAUCAUCUUUUCAGAGGUCAGGAUGAGUAAAGAGGAAGAUUCAAUAUGGUUUCACUCAGCUGAGGCACAAGACAGUGGAUUCUACACUUGUGUUUUAAGAAACUCAACAUAUUGCAUGAAGGUGUCAAUGUCCUUGACUGUUGCAGAGAAUGAAUCAGGCCUGUGCUACAACAGCAGGAUCCGCUAUUUAGAAAAAUCUGAAGUCACUAAAAGAAAGGAGAUCUCCUGUCCAGACAUGGAUGAUUUUAAAAAGUCCGAUCAAGAGCCUGAUGUUGUGUGGUAUAAGGAAUGCAAGCCAAAAAUGUGGAGAAGCAUAAUAAUACAGAAAGGAAAUGCUCUUCUGAUCCAAGAAGUUCAAGAGGAAGAUGGAGGAAAUUACACGUGUGAACUUAAAUAUGAAGGAAAACUUGUAAGACGAACAACUGAAUUGAAAGUUACAGCUUUACUCACAGACAAGCCUCCUAAGCCAUUGUUCCCCAUGGAGAAUCAGCCAAGUGUUAUAGAUGUCCAGCUGGGUAAGCCUCUGAACAUUCCCUGCAAAGCAUUCUUCGGAUUCAGUGGAGAGUCUGGGCCAAUGAUCUACUGGAUGAAAGGAGAAAAGUUUAUUGAAGAACUGGCAGGUCACAUUAGAGAAGGUGAAAUAAGGCUUCUCAAAGAGCAUCUUGGAGAAAAAGAAGUUGAGUUGGCACUCAUCUUUGACUCAGUUGUGGAAGCUGACCUGGCGAAUUAUACCUGCCAUGUUGAAAACCGAAAUGGACGGAAACAUGCCAGUGUUCUGCUGCGUAAAAAGGAUUUAAUCUACAAAAUUGAGCUUGCAGGGGGCCUGGGAGCAAUCUUCCUCCUCCUUGUACUGCUGGUGGUCAUUUAUAAAUGCUACAACAUUGAAUUAAUGCUCUUCUACAGGCAGCACUUUGGAGCUGAUGAAACUAAUGAUGACAACAAGGAAUAUGAUGCCUAUCUCUCUUACACAAAAGUAGACCAAGAUACUUUAGACUGUGACAAUCCUGAGGAAGAGCAGUUUGCUCUUGAAGUACUGCCAGAUGUCCUGGAAAAACACUAUGGAUAUAAACUCUUCAUCCCAGAAAGAGACCUGAUUCCAAGUGGAACAUACAUGGAAGAUCUCACAAGAUAUGUUGAACAAAGCAGAAGACUUAUUAUCGUGCUAACUCCAGACUAUAUUCUCAGACGGGGAUGGAGUAUUUUUGAACUGGAAAGCAGACUCCAUAACAUGCUAGUCAGUGGAGAAAUCAAAGUGAUUUUGAUUGAGUGUACAGAAUUAAAAGGGAAAGUGAAUUGCCAGGAAGUGGAAUCACUAAAGCGCAGCAUCAAACUUCUGUCCCUGAUCAAGUGGAAGGGACCCAAAAGCAGCAAAUUAAAUUCUAAGUUUUGGAAGCACUUAGUAUAUGAAAUGCCCAUCAAGAAAAAAGAAAUGCUCUCUCGGUGCCAAGUUCUAGACUCCGCAGAACAAGGACUUUUUGGAGAACUCCAGCCUAUACCCUCCAUUGCCAUGACCACUACUUCAGCUACUCUGGUGUCAUCUCAAGCUGAUCUCCCUGAAUUCCACCAUUCAGAUUCAAUGCAAAUGAGGCACUGUUGCAGAGGUUAUAAACAUGAGAUACCAACCACGACCUUGCCAGUACCUUCUUUAGGCAACCACCAUACUUAUUGUAACCUGCCUCUGACGCUACUCAACGGACAGCUACCCCUUAAUAACACCCUGAAAGAUACCCAGGAAUUUCAUAGGAACAAUUCUUUGCUGCCUUUAUCCUCCAAAGAGCUUAGCUUUACCAGUGAUAUUUGGUAGUGAAAAAUAGGAAUUCCUCUGAACAGCUAGAUCAGCAUAGAGAAUUUCUGCUAUACCAAGCAUAAAGUACACCUAAUAACGUUGAGGUGUUAAAAAAGUGUUUGAAGAAAAAGGUACAAAAAUGGCUUUUAUACUUAAAUAUUUUUGUUUACAUUUCCAGAAUAGUGGGGGGAAAGAAGGACCUGCUUUUGUAGUAUGGCGCCUUGUUCUAAUGUACAGUUUUGAUUUCUUUCUGAAAACAAAAUUUUAAAAUCCUGUUGUCUUAGAGUAGGUUUUAUGAUAGCACAUGGACUGCAUGCUUAGUAGGUGAGCUGUCUUGCCCAUAUUUAAAAAGAUUUCAGUAUUCACAUGGUAUUUGAAAUAAAGAAAAUUUAAAGAUUUUUAAUUGAAUUUGAAAAUUCUCCACCAAGUUUAAGGGGAAAAAUAACUUCUAUAGAGUUCUGAAAAUUCAGGAAUUAUCAAGAAAGAAAUGUUGAUGCACUCCAGUUGGAAGAUUGUUUGUAGAGGAAGAUCAGUUGAGAAAAAAUGUGAUUGAAAUGUUUAAAACUUCUUCAACAUAAUGGACACUUUCUAUAGACUAAAUCAACAGCUCAUAAUAACAGCUUUUAGUUUUAUUAGGGAACACAUCUUCUGUAGGCAAAUUGGUAGAUAGGUAAACAAUGUGCAUUUAAGCAAAUGAAUAGACAGGCUGUGUGUUCUUUUAGGAUGAUUUUGAACAGUCCUCGUGGCUUUCUAAUUCCAAAAGUUUUACAACUUUGAAAACACAUUUUGAAGUACACAUUUCAUUAUUUGCUAACAAAUUCACAUUUGGAUUUUUUCCUUGACCUGCUGUAAGUAUUAUAUGAAGAUGUGGACAUCUUCCUGCUUUUUUUCAACAUCGUUGACGUUUGAAUUUAAAUACAUAUUGACUGCAAGUGUCAGCAAUUGAAAAGAAGUACUGCAACAAUAUUCGCAGAUGAAGUGCUAAAUGAUUUAUGUUUACUAGUGGUAGAGCAGCAAUUGCACAGUUUCUCACUGGCAAUGUAGUUAUAAAACAGACUAUUCUGUAUGUAUAAUAUUUGGCCAUCUGUGCAAGACUCCUGCACAAGUAUGUCUACUCCUGGUGCUUUGAAGAGUAUAUUUGAUAGGCUAAACUUCUCCAUCCUCACAUAGUGACUGUGACUGUACCAUGCCAGAAAAUCCCUGUAAAUAAUCUAAGUAUUGCCUAUUUGCUGUAAGGAAUGUGCUCCUAUUCUAGUAUUAUGGAUUACUACUUUAUGUUCUUUCCAAUUAAUCAAAUUAGAUGUGCUCUCCACCUAGAUGCCUGUGAGGGUCAUUUGUUAAUCAAGGUCAAUUUUGGCAUUUUGCAAUAGUUCUUAAAUCAUGUUCUUGGACAAACAUAAAACAAGGACAAAUGUACACAAUGUGUAAAAAUUAAUAAUUUGCCCACCCCUUGUAAUUGUGAAUCCCAAAUGUAUAAGAGAACACCAGAUAAUGCUUUAUUUCUUUCAGUAUUUUUUCAUUAUUGAAUUUCUGUGAUCCACGAGUUUUGUUCAAAUUACUUGUUUCUCUGUUGCUUUUCUGUAUCCAGCCAUUCAGAAAAUGCAUUCUGCACCUACAGUGGGUGAAAGCUUAGCAGUGAUACAUGUUCAUUUCACAGCUGGACAAUUAGUUGCUCUUUUGAAAAACCCUGUUCAACACAUGUCUGUGUUUUAUAGAUGUACUUUUUCCACUGAGAAAGGUAAUUUUGUUCUGUAAAAUCUAUAAGUCUUUCAAAAUGAAAAUUUAUCAAUUCUGAACUGUUUCCAAGUGUUAUAAAGUUGUAUUUACUCUGGUUGUUCUUUAAUGCUAUGUGUAUUUACUAAGUUAAAAAUCUGCAUGAACUCAUAUACUCGUGUAAUAUAAGUUUAAGUUACCAACUGUAUUUUUUAUUAUAUUAUUUUUCACAGAAAUCUAGAUUAAUUCAAAUAUAAUGUUUGGUGGUAUUUUUAAAUUGAUAGUUCUGUACUGAGCAUGUA